CCACACGAGACGUGGUAAUAUUGUGGAAAACCCACAUUAGGUUAGACCAAAAACGUAUACUUUUAAGCAAAUGAAUUUUUUUUAGAGUUAAGAAGGCUAGAUACCAAAUAACUGACAAUUAUUUGAGUUACCUUCUAUCCGCUUUCAAUUGUAUGCUAGCUAACAAGCGAUUGUGGUCUGCCGAGAAGAAGGAAGAUGAUUGUUGAAAAAUUCAAAUUAACUUGUGACAGACUUGUAUCAUACCAGCAGCUGGCUUGUAGUUACAAUUACACUGCCAUCCCUCUGCGUGGCGGGGACAUUCUCAUUUACUGUAAUUUGGACGUUGAGAAGACAUUUCGGCUCAGUGGGCAUUAUGGUGAAAUCACCGCCAUGACUUUUGGAAAAAGGAAGUCACCUGUCCUUCUCUGUUCUGCAUCUGCUGAUUACAUUAUCGUCUGGAAUGUGGAAGUAUGCCAGAGCAGAGUCACCCAAGGUAGUUUUGCAUCUGGAACAGUUAUUGGAAGCUCACUGGGUGAAGUGGUCCAUCUUUCCUUCUGUUUCUCUGAUGAGAGAGUGGUUGCAUGCUCUGGAGCUGCUGCAUAUAUUCUCAGCUCACAGAAACAGGAAACGAUUGCGGCAUUGACUGGUCAUUUGGGACCUGUAACAUCAGCAGAGUUUUGUCCAUGGCAUAAACACAUUCUUGUCACCACUUCAGAGGACCGAACGUUCAAGCUAUGGGAUCUACACACUGAAACUGCUUUCUACCAAUCUUUUGUCCUGUCAGCUUCUCCACUGCUCAGUGUGUUCUUCAUGAUGAAAAACAAUUACAUGAUCACCGGCUCCACUGACGGGCAGGUUUGGUGCUUUUCUUUCAGCAAUCAAUUUUCUUGUCAGCUAGUGACCAAAAUAGACCUUCACAAGAGUGAACGAAGACAUCAAGCAGGAGUGGCAGAAAAGUCCUCUGAAGUGGACAUUUCAAAACCUGUUCUCACAAUGGCUUCUGUCAGCACAUCUAAUGACACGAAUGCAGAGAAAAGGGACGAGAGCUGGUUAUGUGUUGGAAGUACUGAUGGUCUGUAUUUAGUCAAUCUGGCUACAUCAGAACUGUUAACGGUUCUACAUUUCACAGACUACCCCAAUUUGAGCAUCGCAAUGGCUGGGUCUUGGGUCUUCUCUGACAAGUGUAACAACUCGAUUCUGUUUUUAGUGAGCUCUUUGUUUACUCCGUGUGUGAGCCUGUUGGAGUUCUGUUUGGGUGAAGCAGAAAGAAUCCAGGCUGGAAGUCAAGGCUUUUCAGUAUUUCCAAGUUCCCCACCAUUGCUGGAGUCCCCUCUCAUUGCUGAGUUAAAGAAGAAGGAGCCCAAUCAUUUGAAGAAAAAAGGUGGCACUAAGGAACAGCCGCUUGUCUUCCACUCAAAGGUGAAAUCAUCUGGUUACACAAGCUCCCCAAGAAUGCUUUUGUUUUCACCAAAAACAACUGCUCAGAAGAGCAAGUCCUCCAUGAAGACCAAUAAGAAAGGUUUACUCCUCAAAGAUUACCCAGAAGACACUGCAGCACCUACUGUUCUUCGUGUCCAACUGAGUAUUACAAACAAGCCAAUAUUUUGCCUGCAAUAUUCAGGGGAUGGAAAGCAAAUCCUGUGUGGUCUUGGUGACAACUCCGUGUUAUUGUACAAGUCUUCCCUUACUGGCAAUCCAGCUGUUUAUACAGGACAUGACAAGCCAGUAACCAGUGUGAGCUGGAGCCUCAGCAGACAGUGUUGGUUAAGUGCAUCACAUGACCAGACUCUGAGACUUUGGACUCAUGACAUCCCAGAGCCUGCUGUUAUCAUGGGGAAAAAUAUGUUCGCUAAACAUAUAAAAGCUGCCCAGUUUUAUUACCUGGACAAAUUUUUACUUCUUGCAUCUGGAGACUCACUACACUUAUAUUUGUAUCAUGUGGAUGUCACACAUGAUGAUAUCAAAAGAUAUCAGCAGCGGAGUUUUGUCCAAUUGUCAAGUUGCUUUGCAACAUCCUCAGGAGCAGAUAUUACCGACUUGUCUGCUAUCAGUGAUUUCUUUUCCUACAUUGUUCUGGCAUGUGCUUCCGAUCGUUCCAUUCAAGUGUUUGACAUGAACAAAGGCGAAGUCGUUGCAGAGCUGCCUGAUGUUCACAGCAGAGCCGUCCAUUGUAUCACGCAAAACAAGGGCUCAAUGUUCAGCACUCAGGCACCAGAAUCCUAUAACCUCUUCCUCACGAGUGCAGUCACAGAUGGCGUGAAGAUGUGGGAUCUUCGCACACUUCGGUGCGUACGCCGUUAUGAAAACCAUUUGAACCGUUGCCAUUCCUGCUCAUCCGCCAUUUCACCGUGUGGUCGAUUCAUAGCAUGCGGCUCAGAGGACAAAUGUGUUUAUGUGUAUGACAUAAGAAGCAGCAGCUAUCUUCACAAGCUCCAGAGAGACUCUGAGACAGUGCUCAGUGUGGCCUUCAACCCUGCUACUCCACAGCUGCUGACCGGGACUCUGGAUGGGAAGAUAAGCCUGUUUGAUACUCGCAGUGGGCACCGUCUGUCACGUAUCACGUAACAUGUCCAACAUGGCCGUGUAAUCACAAGCAGCUUCUGCGAAGGUCAUAGAAGUCCAACCUGGCCAUUAUUUAUUUACAGAAAAUGAUCGAAUAUUGUUACACUGAACAAAAAUAUAAA